GUGGGAGCUGUAUCAGUUGCUGUGAGGGGGCGUAUGGUAAUGAGCGCUCAAGUUACAAGCUACAAAUGAAGAGAGAAGACCACAUGGCCUGGAGCAGUUACCUGACAGAAUUCCUCCACUUUCUUCCGUCUCUUCUCUGCCACCUGGUAUCCUAUAGUUACUGAAGAAUCAAAUACAUAGCUUUGCAACAAUGACAGGACGGGCGAGAGGGAGAGCGCGAGGACGAUCCCGUGGACAAGCUGCAGCUGCUGCCACGAGACCAGGAGAAAAGUCGACUCAGGGAGCCACUAGCGAGCCCCAAGUGGGUAGAGGCGGGCGUGGCCGGGCUGUCGCUGCACAACCAACCGUGACUCCUGUACAACAAACACCACCUCCUCAGCUGCCAGUCGAGAAAAUGGCUCAGAUGACGGUGAAAAAGACCCCAACCCCUCCUAUGAAGGAGCCCACCCCUCCUAUGAAAGAGCCUACCCCUCCAGCGAGUGGUGCUGGGGUUGGUCGUAGCACUGGACGUGGUGGUGGUUACACUGAACCUUGCACACGCCCGGAACACAUUAUCGACAAGAGAGGAACGUCAGGCACGCCCAUUACUGUCAUGUCUAACUUUGUCUCUCUCAAGAAUCGACCAGACUCUGUCAUCUACCAGUACAACGUUGGCUUUAGUCCUCAAGUAGAUAGCAAGCGUGUUCGCUACUUCCUCAUAGCCCAUCGGGAGGACCUCAUUGGAACGGUGAAGACAUUCGAUGGUAUGAUUCUCUACCUCCCCAUACGGCUACCAGACCAAGUUACAAAAUAUAUGUCAAGUCUGAGGGACGGGACUAAUAUCGAGGUCACCAUCACGCUUACCAACGAUCUCAAUACUAACAGCCCAGUUUGCAUGCAGCUGUUCAAUAUCAUCUUUCGCAGGAUUCUGUCCUAUCUUGACAUGAAGCAGAUCGGCCGCCAUUACUACAACUCCAAGAUCCCCAUCCACAUCACGCAGCACAGACUUGAGUUGUGGCCUGGUUUCAUCACGUCCAUCCUCAACUAUGAUUCUGGUAUUCUCCUCUGUGCCGACAUCUCCCACAAGAUCCUCCGCACGGACACAGUCUGGGACUUCCUCAACGAGCUCUACACCAAAAGCAGGGGAGGAUCCUUCCAUGACAUGGCCACCAAGACACUCGUCGGAGAGAUUGUUCUCACCAGGUACAAUAACCGGACGUAUAGGAUUGAUGACAUUGACUGGGACUCCAACCCACAGAAAACCUUUAACCAACACGAUGGUACACCAAUCUCCUUCUCAGACUACUUCAAGAAACAAUACGAUAUUGAAGUGAGUGACUUGGAUCAGCCUAUGUUGGUGAGUCGCCCGAGCAAGAAAGAGAUAAGAGCCAGAGGAGGCAAGGAUGACCCCAUCCUACUGGUGCCUGAACUAUGUACUAGGACAGGUUUGAGUGACGAGGCUAGAGCUGACUUUCGUGUCAUGAAGGAUCUGGCACAGUACACUCGCGUUGAUCCAGCAUCUCGAUGUGCCACUCUCAAGAAGUUCAUCCAACAAGUGCAAACUGAGCCGAAAAGCAAGGCUGAGCUUGAAGGCUGGAAUCUGGCCUUUGACAAAGAUCUGAUCACCUACCAAGCUCGAGUCAUGCCACCAGAGAAAAUCUACCAAAAGGACAAGACUCUGAGCUACAAUCCCGAGGAGGCAGACUGGGGUAGAGACAUGCGUGGUAGUGCCCUCAUCUCUGCCAUGGAUAUGAAGAACUACAUCAUCUACUGCACCCAGCGUGAUUCAGGGGUUGCUGAGGAGUUCUUCAUGACUCUCAAGAAAGUGUGCCCUCCCAUGGGGAUUCGUAUCGGGCAGCCGACGGUGAGGACACUGCAGAACGAUCGCACGGAGACAUUUCUCAGAGCCCUUGGGGAGGACCUGGGCCAGGGACAUCAAGUGCAGAUGGUGAUUUGUGUCCUGCCCAACAACAGGAAGGACCGCUAUGAUGCCAUCAAGAAGUUCUGUUGCAAAGAUCGAGCAGGAUGCUCCCCUGUACUGUCCCAGUGCCUCCUCUCAAGGACUCUCUCCAAGAAGCAGCAGCUUAUGAGUGUGACCACAAAGGUUGCCAUGCAGCUCAACUGCAAGCUAGGUGGAGAGCUGUGGGCCCUCGAGAUACCAAUCAAGAACUGUAUGGUGGUGGGUGUGGACACGUAUCAUGACUCGUCACGCAGGGGGCGCUCUGUGGGGGGCUUCAUUGCUAGCACCAACAAAACACUCACCAAAUACUAUUCUCAGACGAUGUUCCAGUCAACUGGACAAGAGCUGGCUGACAAUCUCAAGGUAGCCAUGUCCUCUGCCCUCCAUAACUACCACAAGAUCAAUGGAGUGCUUCCUGACAGGAUCAUCGUGUACAGGGACGGUGUGGGUGAUGGACAGUUGGCUGCUGUGACUGACUAUGAGAUACCUCAGAUCAAGGAGAGCUUCAGAGCUCAGGGUGGAGAGUACAGGCCCAAGUUUGCUGUCGUGGUUGUCAAGAAACGUAUCAGUAGUCGUAUCUUUAGGGUUAUGGGCAACAAAAAGCUGGUCAACCCACCUCCUGGUACAGUCAUUGACGACAAAAUCACCAAGCCAGAAUGGUACGACUUCUUUGUUGUGAGUCAGAGUGUUCGUCAAGGCACGGUCACUCCCACCCACUUCAAUGUUGUACAUGACACCUCAGGGUUCAAACCUGACCACAUGCAGAAACUGACCUACAAACUCUGUCAUUUGUACUACAACUGGCCGGGAACUGUUCGUGUGCCCGCCCCCUGUCAGUAUGCCCAUAAGCUAGCCUUCCUAGUGGGACAGUCCAUCCACGACACACCCUCCAAGCUACUGGACGACAAGCUCUACUAUCUAUGAGUGGACUGACCUAAACUGGGGCUUUUUUCUAGUGUUAUCACCAUUAUUAACCAACUUGUCAUUUAUACAACCCUCUUGUCCAUACAUCUAUUGUAAUUUAACCUAUAGCUAUGGGCUUGUGUUUUGUUCUCUACGAUCAUCUUAGUGCUGGCCUGGUCGGCUGUCAUCAUUUAUCACACAUUGUUAAUCUCAUUCAAUCUGUUUUGCUAUCCUGGACCUCGAUUCAUUCCCUCGUUAGACAAGACUUAUUAUGUCAUAUUGAA